AUGCGGCAAACGCUCAUCCCCUCCCUGCUGGGCCUCGGCUCGCUCGCCCUCGCCGCCCCGGCCCCGAGCAGCCUGGUGACCAUCUCGACGGCCGUCGACGCGAGCAGCGCGGCGGCGUGGUGGGACCCGCUGGACGAGUUCGGCGGCUACGACUACCUAGCCUACCUGCGCAACCCGCCCGGCGGCAGCGGCGGGUCGCUGGCGCAGAACAACGUCAUGGUGGCGCGGCGCGACGUCUCGACGGGCGCCAUCGUCCGGGACUGCGUCAAGACGGGCGCGGGCGAGUGCGCCGUCGAGGCCGACGACGCGGGCCACAGCGUGCCGAGCGUCGCCGUCGACGGCGCGGGCUACGUGCACGUCUUCACGAGCAUGCACAACGAGCACUGGAAGUACUUCCGCUCGUCGAGCCCGCAGGACCCGACCAGCCUCGCGGACCGCAGCGGCGAGAUGCCCGACCAGACCGUCAACGUCACGUACCCGGUGGUCAAGCGCGACGCGGCGGGCGACCUGUGGCUCAUGGUGCGCGGGUGGGCGGCGGGCGACACGUCGGCCAAGGGCGGCUACCUGUACCGGUACACGACGGCGUCGGGGACGUGGGCGCGCGUCAGCCUGUUCGCGUACAGCAGGGGCUACUCGGUGUACCCGGACGACAUCCAGUUCUCGUCCGACGGCGACGUGCACCUGCAGUGGGAGUGGAGCAAGUACCCUGCCUCGGGCGUGCGGCACGAGGGGAGCUACGCGCGCUACAGCCCCUCGACGGGCAAGUUCCGCGCCGCGUCGGGCCAGGAGGUCCCGUCGCUGCCCAUGACGCAGGCGACGCCCGACCUCGUCUUCCAGCCGCUGACGGGCGGCGAGUCGUACGCGCACGACAUCGGCGCGUCGCCGGCGCCGGCGCUCCAGAGCGCCAAGAUGGCGCUGUACGAGCGCCCGGCCGGCAGCGUGCACGUGCAGGUGGCGUACCGGUUCCAGGCGGCGACGGGCGGGCCGUGGCAGGUGCGCCGGGCGCGGGCGGACUUUGGGUCCGGCGCCGGCCCGUGGACGCGCGAGGUCGUCUACGCGGGCGGGGACACGAGCGCGGGGCUGGGCAUCACGCACGACGGCGCGACGGUGCGCAUCUACUACUGCCGCGUCGGGGGCAGCGCGCAGGUGCUCGAGCGCACGGGCAGCUCGGGCUGGACCGACACGGCCCUGGGGCCCGUGGCGGGAAAGCAGGUGCAGCGGCUGCAGGCCAUCAUGAGGGCGGACGGGACGGACGUGCUGUACCUCGGGGCGCCCAAGAACGUGGAUGCCAGCACGGGGAGCCUCUACUACUUGACCGUGGGAGGGCGUUAG